CUCGCUCGCGCGGCACGGGGGGAAGACACCCUCCGCACCGAACGGGACAGGAGAGCUGUGACCAGCGAUCGGGGCCGGUGACAACUGAGCGUGUGUCAGCUGGACCGCGUCUCGUCUGCUGUCGCAUCCAUCCACGUCGCAGCUGGACCGCGCAUCUGGACUUCGAACCCAGGACCCCGCAGCUGGACCUCCCACGUCUCCUCAGGCUGUCGGACGAGGUCACCAUGUCCCUGCCUCGUACACUGGGAGAGCUGCAGCUGUACCGUGUGCUGCAGCGGGCCAAUCUCCUUGCCUACUAUGACACAUUCAUCCAGCAAGGUGGUGAUGAUGUUCAGCAGCUCUGCGAGGCUGGAGAAGAGGAAUUCCUGGAGAUCAUGGCACUGGUGGGCAUGGCCACCAAGCCCCUCCACGUCCGACGGCUACAGAAGGCCCUGCGUGAUUGGGCGGCCAACCCGACCCUCUUCAACCAGCCACUGGCCAGUGUACCGCUUAAUAGCAUCCCACUCUUUAAGAUAGACACCACAGGUGGCAUCGUGGGUACUGGCGGACCCAGGAAAUCUCUGAGUAAUGGCCAGCCGGGUUCUCCAUGUGAGAGGGACGAACGGGCGUCGCUGACCCCUCUACGCAGUGGCAGCCCCAAGAGCCCAUGCUCUCAGGCCUCCCCACAGCCCCAAGACGGUCUGUACCGGGACAAGCUCUCCCCCAUGGAUCCACACUGGCUGAGCCCGGACAAUGACAGGAAUGGUGCUGGAGGGUCUGGAGCAGAUGAGGACCAGCCGAGCCCACCGCUCCCGCCUCCGGCCCCAUCUGCCUCCUCUUCAACAUCCCUCACUGCCUGGCCUGGUGGACGGUUGGAUGCAGAGACAAUGCGGGCUGUGGCUGAGAGCGUAAACAGGCUGCUGCGCACAGUACCCAAGGCCGAUCCAGGAGAGGUGAGGGCACUGCUUAAGCUGAACAAGAAGCUGGCCAAGACAGUGGGUCACAUCUACAAGCUAGACCCCCAUGAUCCAGUCAAGGAGGAGGAGAUCCGCAAGUACAGUCUCAUCUACGGGCGCUUUGAUUCCAAGCGGAGGGAGGGCAAGCAGCUCACUCACCAUGAGAUGAUAAUCAAUGAAGCCGCAGCCCAGUUCUGUAUCCGUGACAACGCCUUGCUGCUCAGGAGGGUGGAGCUCUUCUCGCUUGCCAGACAGGUGGCACGAGAGUGUGCCUACACCUCUACGCUCAAGAGUGCCAGGACAAACACUGACGACAGCACACAGCCGCCGCUGAAGAGAAUCAAGCAAGAGGUUGUUGUGUCGGAAUGCGUCUCCUCCUCCCACGACGUGUCUGAGGGCUCCGGGGUAGGGUCCGAGGGCGGCCACCACGAGGCUUUGAGGUCAGGGGCAGAUGAGGACAGCCUGUCAGGGGAGAGUACAGACGGCCUCAUACAAGCAGGCCUGGGCUCACAGUCCAGCCACUCCUCAUCACCCUGCCCCAACACGGACGUCAGCACCCCGCCCACAUGGAGCCGCAACCUCAUGCAGCAGACGCUCAUGGACGAGGGGCUGCGACUGGCCAGGAUGGUGUCUCACGACCACGUGGGCAAGGUCAGCCCAGUGACUCAGAAUGCAGAGCCUGAUGACAAGACCUCGGCCUCCGAGAAGGGAGGCUUGGCCAAAUCUCGCAGACGGAGCAGCUCCUGCAGCACCAAAGAUGACUCCGAUCACAGCGGAAAAUAAAGACCCCACCACCUCCACCCCCUCUACUCCCCGCUCAUCUUAGCUGUGUGUCCCCAGCACCCCUCUCCAGCUUCUUCUGCUUCUCUACCCCUGUCUCUAACCCUUGCCCUCCCAGCAAUAAAAUCUCCACUCCUUCUGUCCGAACCUACCGGCAUCUCUCCACGUGAACACGAGCCAGCCGUGCGACUGGUUACGUUGGUCGCGACCCACCUCGUUUACGCUCUUCUCAUUACAUUUAUAUUUGGUGCUAUUUCUUUGUUUCCGUUCACCCCGGUGUCCAACGUGAGUGUCGGGAAUGCAGCAUCUCAUGUGGUUGACUGAGGAUAUGAGGGACUAAUGAAAACAAAGGAAGUUUCAGUUUAAGACGGCUACGAAGUUGGGACGUCUCGUGAUGUUGUGCGCCUACGUAAUUAGAUGUUGACAUCCACGUGUUUUUUAAAUGUAGAAAUUAUGCAACUUAUAUUGUCUCUGUACUAUGGUAGUUGUAGUGCACUGGGCAAGCCCUGGUUUCCUAUAUAGCUAAACAAACAGAUGGGCUGAAUGACAGCAUCCCAUCACACGCGUAGUCUUGAGCUCUUUGCUGUUGAGUUAUGUCAGGUUUUCUUUGAUCAAGUUAUCCUAUAUUAGGUAGAAUAUUUCAGGGAAGUUCCUUUCUGUUCAUUUUAAACUAGCAUUUGAUGUUCCCCGAAAACAACAAAAGCCUUGCGCUCUCGUAAUAAUGCAUUGCGUGGAAAAAAUCGCAAAGUCCCCACGGCUACGUUGGCAGAUGAGUGUGGGCUGAACGUAGUUGUGUCAAAGCUUCACGCAUCAGGGGCCCUCGGGGGUCUUCUGGACUGUUUCCAUUCACUUGUUCAGCGGCUGAACUAAUGGUUUCCUUUAAUGGGGAAACAUGUGUCACGCACCUGUGAUUACUGUUAUUAAUGCACUUGAAGGCAUGUCAUGUUGGAUGACGGGAGCGCAGCCCCCCGGUACAACUGGUGGUGGCGUGGGGGGCGAUCUGGAUUGCUAACGCUCUUUUUUUUAUCGACAGCGCUGGGGCAGAAAGUCACACCUACACUGUUCUCAGGUUCCUUUGUUUCCCGGCCUGUGUGACUUUGAACACUAAAGUGCUGGGUCUGCGCGUUGGGGCCAAUAGCGACCGUUCAAGGGGACAGACCUAAAAUGCUACGUGUUUAGAACCCGGCACUUUGUGCAAGCAGAUCCUAACGUUCAGAGCGGUGUGAAAGAGCAGCCGAGUGGAUGGAACCUCUGAGCGUCAGGGACUAAGGCAGCAGAGCAGGGCUGAGCGGAGCGGGAGCUCAGUGCGGGCCCUCGCACGUGGACUCGUCCCCCUGCUGGGAGCAUCCUCUUCCUCACCGGUGUUAGUCAACCUCUUGAUUUUAUUAUGUUGUA